AUGGAUUGGAUUCAUUGCAACUCGUGUUUUGUUCAACCCAGCAAAGAUAAUGAGAAAAAAAAACAGUUUCACUUGACCAGCUGCGGCCAUAUAUUUUGCGAGAACUGCACUUGUUUUGCGGACGGGACACCGGAUUGCUGCAGACAUUGUAGGAAUAAAUGUUCAUCUACUGUGAUAGGAGAAAAAUCGUUUAAAACGAACCCACAAGUCUUAGAAUAUUUCCAAGAACCGGAAGAAGUCUACGAAAAAUUGCUCAAAGUGAUGAAAUUCCAAAAAGCUCAUCGUAUUAAAUUAGUUGGGCAUCAUCAGUACAUUAUAUCGAAAUACAAUAGAGCAAAAUUAUACAUUAAAAAACUGGAGGGCGAACUAAAGAUUGCUAAAAAUGCAUUGCGGAAUACACCACAAACUUCAUCAAGCGUUGCAGAAACCCGAUCCAUUUCGACGCCAAUUUUUCCAACAAAUUCAACUCCAUUUAAUAUGAUUAACGCAGAAGCAAAAACUAACAAAACUCCCGCAAUUAUGAAACCGAAAAUGCCAGACAUGAGACAUAGGAAACAGUCAUUUCGAAACGAGUUAUCAAUUUUAUCUACGGGAAGUAAUUUAUCUGGAUUAUCUACGCCAGGGUCUUCGGUUUACCAAAGUCCUUUGCAAGAAAUUCACAAUGAAAAGUACAUGCCUACAAUAGAUAACAUACAAUUAAAUUCAUUUGGACAUAACUAUCUAAGAAAAAACCAAAAAAACCUAUAAAAGAAAACAAAUUUAGAUUUAGUUGGGGCUGAUUAUAAUUAAUACAUUUCACAAGCAUGUAUAUCGUCAUCUUAUUUAUAAU